AUAAGAAUCUAUAUUUAUAAGACAAAUAAAGAUGAACCAAUUACGAUUCAAGAAGCUAAAGAUAAGGGUUAUUCAUUUGUAUUAAUUUCACACGAAAAAAGAAAUUACGAAGCAAUUAAUUAUAUUAGUUUACCACCGCAAAUUUUGGGAAUAAAGAUUUUUCAUGAUCAAAAACUUGUUUACGAAAAUAAUAGUAUAAAUUUUUUUAUCAAAGAAUCAAUUAAAGAUCCUGUUCAUUCUAAAGUUACACUUACACCAGAUUAG